GCGAGGUUUGCAGGCCGAGGCUGCAGCUAGGGCUGCUGUGUAACUGCCCCAAGGCAUUACCUCCCCAGGUGCAACGGGACUCACGGAACUACAGGGUCCAGCUGAGCCUAGGAGCUGCACGGAAUGGUGGCAGUCACCUCGCCAGUGCAGCAGGCAUGGACCAGACUGCAAGCUAGGAGAGCAAGGCAUCAGUCAGGAAGAGGGAACACACAGCUAGGCUUAAGGCCUCUUCAUCGGGAUGUCCCCAGGCCCCCCAGCCCAGGCCCAGCAUAAAGGCUCUGGGGGGGGUCCCCCCUGACCUAAGGGGGGGCUUCAUGCGCCACGUGCAGGCGGAGCCGUCUCCAUCCUCAGAGCCAGAGGCUGGCCCUUCACAGCCUGCAGUCAGGCAGGGGGCCCUCCAGGGUGGCCUGCUCAUGGGCUACAGCCCGGCAGGGGGGGCAACAUCCCCCGGGGUCUACCAGGUAUCCAUCUUUUCCCCUCCAGCUGGUGCCUCCGAGCCUCAUAGGGCCCUGAAACGGCCAGCCCCACCCACUGAGGGUCCCCGGGAGCUGAAGAGAGGCCCUGGGCUGGGGGCCAGAGAGGGACUACCCCCUGAAGAACCACCUACUCUGGGGCUAUGGGGCCCAGAGGGACUGGGGCUGGGACUGGGCGUGGCCAGCCAACAUUUCUGCCAUCAUGGCCUCUGUGUUGUGGAACAGGGAGGUAGCUCCACCUCACCUUGGACUUCAGGGGCCCGGAGUCCCCCCUGGCCCCCAUCAAAUGCUUCCUGCAGUACUUUGCACACCAGAGACUGGGCUUCCCCAGAUCCUGGGGGACAGGGGUCCCUGGGGGAGUCCCCAGGGCCAGCCCCUCCGGGCCAGCUGCACACACUUGACACUGAUUUGCACAGUCUUGCACAAAUAGGGGGUAAGAGCCUAGUGGCUGGGGUGGGCAAUGGGGGCAGCCCCUGGCCUAGGGAGUCCCCUGGCACUGCCAAUGGGCACAGCCCCGAGCACACACCCCCUGGCCCUGGACCUCCAGGCCCCUGUCCCACCAAGCGAAGGCUGCUUCCAGCUGGAGAAGCCCCGGAUGUCAGCUCUGAGGAUGAGGGGCCAGCCCCUCGGAGGCGCCGGGGAACCCUGGGCCACCCUCCUGCUGCCAUCAGUUCUGAUGCCAAAGCCACACCCUUCUGGAGCCACCUGCUGCCUGGGCCCAAGGAGCCUGUGCUGGACCCAACAGACUGCAGUCCCAUGGGGCGGAGGCUGAAAGGUGCCUGUCGCCUGAAGCUGAGCUCCCUUCGAAGCCUCCGGAAGGGGCCAGGCCUGCUGAGCCCCGCCAGUGCCUCCCCUGUUCCUACCCCCGCCGUCAGCCGUACCCUGUUGGGCAACUUUGAGGAAUCAUUGCUGCGAGGACGCUUUGCACCAUCUGGCCACAUUGAGGGCUUCACAGCAGAGAUUGGAGCUAGUGGAUCCUACUGCCCUCAGCAUGUCACGCUGCCUGUCACUGUCACCUUCUUUGAUGUUUCUGAGCAAAAUGCCCCGGCUCCCUUCCUGGGCGUCGUGGACCUGAACCCCCUGGGGAGGAAGGGUUACAGCGUGCCCAAGGUGGGCACCAUCCAAGUGACCUUAUUUAACCCCAACCAGACUGUGGUGAAGAUGUUCCUCGUGACCUUUGACUUCUCGGACAUGCCUGCUGCCCACAUGACCUUCCUGCGUCAUCGCCUCUUUUUGGUGCCUGUGGGUGAGGAGGGAAAUGCUAGCCCCACCCGCCGCCUCCUCUGCUACUUGUUGCACCUCAGGUUCCGGAGCUCCCGCUCAGGCCGCUUAAGCCUGCAUGGAGACAUCCGCCUGCUUUUUUCCCGCCGGAGCCUGGAACUGGACACAGGGCUCCCCUACGAACUGCAGGCUGUGACUGAGGCCCCUCACAAUCCACGUUAUUCACCUUUGCCCUGAUUGUCAGUGUCCUGAACCCAUGUGGGCCAAGGACCUGCCCAUCCUGCUCCAUCCUGGGCAGAGCAAACACGUGGAGAGGUGCAAGAGACCCUUCAGGCUUGAAUUAAAGCCCUCACCACACUCAUGCCCAAACUGAUUAUUUGGGUGUUUAAAGCUUCUGAUCUUACCACACUCUGCCCUACUCUGGGUACUCCACGUGCCUGCCCCCUCCCUUGGAUUUCCCAGGCCAGCUGCGGUAGUGGGGAGGAACUGGAGCUACCCUGAGGUUGUCCUAAGUUCCCAGGCAAGUCAUGCCAGCGUUGCCUCCCUGUCCUGGGCAGGGGCCACUUAUUAUUUUAUUUAUUUUAAUUUAUAAUUUAUUCAAAUUGGAUUGCCUUGGUAACGUCCCAAACCUGAUAAUUGGCAUUGCCCCUCCUCCUUUCCCACUCUCAGAUAUUGCUCCAACCUCAGGAGUUGAAGAGGCUGAUAUGGGGGCUGUAGGAGAACUGCUCUCCCUCAGCUGAGAGCCGAGAAGUAUCCCGGAAGGACUGAGUCACCAGCCAAAGACUCAGCUUCCCCUGUCCUUCCUUAUUCCUUUCACUUCCCCGACCCUCUCACCUCUUUCUGAAGGCCAACUUGUGUGUGUGUGUGUCUGUGUGUGCGUGUGUCUGUGUACGUGUAUGUGUGUGAGAGAGAGAGCAUGCGUGCAGGCACACCCACACACACAGGGGUCAACCACCCCUCAUCUAGGACUUCAGACUCUGGUUGUCUCUCUCCUUCUGCCUGUGUCUCCUUGCUUUGGGGUCCUGACUGAGGAAGGUGUUCAGGGGACAGAGUCAGGGCCAAGGACUGGGGUGCCUCCUCUCACCUGGCCAGACUCUGACCCACCUACCUCAGUUGGGGUGAGGGGCACCCCUCAAACUCAGUCAUGUAGUUAUCAACUACCCCAUUCCCCACUCUAGACUCUGACCCAGCCUUAGCCCUGAUACCUGGGGCUGGGCUGAGGGGAACAAGCAUUUGCUAAAACUUGAAAAAAAAAAAAAAAAACAGGAAAAAAUUGUACCUGGUACUUUUUUUAAAAAAAAAGAAGGAAAGAAAGAAUAAAUUCUUGUUUGAAACUUGAA